AUUCAGAAAUGUCAACCAAGAGAGCUGGAUCACGCAUUCCGUCUGUUGCUUCCUUUAGAGACAACAGUAGUGAGUUGGUUAAUACUGGAAGUAGACAACGUCAGUCGAAAAGAGACGAAGCAAUCAGGAAGAAACUCGAACAAGAGCUUUCAAAGAAAUCUGGUUCAAAAAGGGUUCGACAGACGAAAAAGAUUGCAGGCACUGUAUCUGCUCUGCGUCCGUCACAGGCAUUGACAGUGAAGGAAAAUAUGUUGGUUAUCGAAGCGUCUCAGUUGAUGGCUGCAAAGAGAAGUGAUUGUGUACUUGUGGUAGAUGAAGAUGAUCAUCUGAGUGGUAUCUUUACUGCCAAGGAUUUAGCGUACCGUGUUGUUGCUGAAUCACUGGAUGCAAGAGAUACAACAGUUGCCAAAAUUAUGACCAAGGGACCGAUGUGUGUCACAUCGGAUACUUCUGCAACAGAUGCUCUCAACUUGAUGGUAUCCCGUGGUUUCCGUCACUUGCCUGUUUGUAAUGAAGAAGGGGAUAUUUUUGGAUUAUUGGAUAUCACCAAAUGUUUAUAUGAAGCCCUAGACAAGAUGGAAAGAGCAUUUGGAUCAUCACGUAAACUAUACGACGCACUUGAGGGUGUCGAAAAAGAGUGGUCCAACAGUCCCAUCCAACUCGUACAGUAUAUGGAAGCUCUCCGUGACAAGAUGGAGUGCCCUGAUAUCAACUCGGUUCUUGAUGGAUUGCCACCUGCCGAAGUAAGUGUCAAGACGAACGUACGUGAUGUUGCUCGUAUGAUGAAAGAAUACCACACAACUGCAGUCUUGGUCAACGACCGAGAAGGGUUGGCUGGUAUCUUCACCACCAAGGAUAUCGUCUUGCGUGUGAUUGCAGCAGGUUUAAACCCAGAAAACUGUUCUGUCGUCCGUGUGAUGACGCCUCACCCCGAUACUGCUCCUCCCAACAUGACCAUCAUGGACGCACUUCGAAAGAUGCAUGACGGUCACUACUUAAAUCUGCCCAUUGUCGAGAACGGCGAUGUCGUCGGAAUUGUCGAUGUUUUAAAAUUAACCUACGCCACACUUGAACAGAUCCACAGUAUCCAAGGCAACGACGGUGAAGGACCGAUGUGGUCUCGGUUCUGGGAUAGCUUUGGCGCAACCGAUCACCACGAGACAGAAUCUCAACUGUCUGACUCACAGCUCCUGUCAGCCGCCACAGGCAACCACCGCAUCAUUUCGCCCGAACCAUCCACGUCGUUCUCUCAGCUCCAGGGCUUUUCAGAAAUCACGCCCAACGAAUCAGCAAGUAUGGUGGCUAAUAAUGACGAGUCGUCUAUCUCUGACAACCGAAGCCAACAACAGCCAUUAAAAGAAAAUACCUUUUCAUUCAAAUUUACAACCGCCAGUGGAAAGACGCAUCGCAUCGCCUGUGCUGCCGACAGUUAUGCCUCUUUGCUCGAAUCUGUAUACCAAAAAGUCGUGGCAGAACAUACCAGUUAUCUUGGUGUUGAAGAAGAUGCGCAACCAGUCGAGUCUUGGCUCAGUAUAUCCUAUUUGGACGAUGAGGACGAUCAGGUGCUGAUGACGUCGGAUGCAGAUGUUGAGGAUGCUGUCAAGCUGGCUCGUAAGAUGGGUCAUGACCGUGUCAAGUUGUUUGUUCAUGAUGCGGCUGCUCCUGCAUCUCCUGCAACUCCAGUUCCAGCUGAAGUUGAAGAGGAAAAGGAACAGAUUAAAAUUGUUGAGGAACUUGUUGAAGAACCAAUAGAAGAAGAAGAACAAGAAGUAAAAGAGGAAGAAAAAGAGGUCAAGAAAAAGAAGAGACGUAGUUUGAAACAAAGACAAGUGUCUUCAGAUGAAGAAGAUGAAGAAGUAGAUCAAAAACCAAAAGAUGUAUUUGGUAUACCUCAUGAACUCGUGCUACCUGCAGCCAUCACUUUCUUGGGCGUGGCCAUCAUUGGUGUCUUUGUUCUCUCUCGUGUUGGAAGUUCACGUCAAUAAAAAAUAUAGAUUAUUUUCAGAAAUUAUUCGCAC